CGCGCUCUCGCCGAGUAGAGCUCUGACUCACGGACUGCUGGAUCGCAGUCUGGUUCGUUUAAAGUGACCAAAACAAGAAGCCGACACUCUUUUUGCGUUAGAAGCUCGCGGCCGUGCCUCAAUGGCGGAAAUCCUUCAUGCCGGAGAUACGAUCUGCUUCCUUCCGGCGUAGAAACUUCAGUCUCCUGAGUCUUUCUCUGUGAAAUCACCGCCGGUGUUUUCCCCAACAUUAUUCUCCUGGGCUUUUAGAAGGAACCGGCUCAUCUGCGAUUUUAUUGGUCGGUGACAAUGGCGGAGGUGGCAGAAGGGAAGGUGGUGGGGGAGGCCGAGAAAAAGAAGCAGGAGCAGAGCUUGGCUUACUAUGAGCUAUUCUCUUUCGCCGACCGAUUCGACGCGCUGCUGAUGGCGGCCGGAAGUCUCGGCGCAGUGGUGCAUGGCUCCGCCAUGCCAGUAUUUUUCCUCCUAUUUGGAGAUCUGGUAAAUGGAUUUGGAAAGAAUCAGACUAAUCUCAGCAAAAUGACCGCAGAGGUUUCCAAGUACGCUCUCUAUUUCGUCUAUCUCGGGCUGGUUGUGUGCGUUUCUUCGUAUGCAGAGAUCGCGUGCUGGAUGUAUACCGGUGAGAGGCAAUCCGGGGCGCUGAGGAGAAAGUACUUGGAGGCUGUGCUGAAGCAGGAUGUAGGGUUUUUUGACACUGACGCUCGGACGGGAGACAUCGUCUUCAGCGUCUCCACGGAUACACUCCUCGUUCAGGACGCCAUUAGCGAGAAGGUGGGCAAUUUCAUCCAUUAUUUGUCGACCUUCCUUGCUGGCCUUGUAGUAGGCUUCAUAUCGGCAUGGCGGUUGGCUCUGCUAAGCGUGGCGGUGAUACCUGGGAUUGCCUUCGCUGGUGGGCUUUAUGCCUAUACCCUAACCGGGCUUACGUCAAAGAGCCGAGAGUCGUAUGCGAGUGCCGGGAUCAUCGCAGAGCAGGCAAUUGCUCAAGUGAGGACUGUAUACUCAUUUGCUGGGGAGAGUAAGACCCUAAAUGCUUACUCUGAAGCAAUACAGUAUACACUUAAGCUGGGAUAUAAGGCAGGGAUGGCAAAAGGCUUAGGAAUUGGGUGCACGUUUGGGAUUGCAUGUAUGUCAUGGGCACUAGUGUUUUGGUAUGCCGGUGUCUUUAUCCGGAAUGGACAGACUGAUGGAGGAAAGGCUUUUACAGCAAUAUUUUCUGCAAUCGUUGGUGGAAUGAGCUUGGGUCAGUCAUUUUCAAACCUUGGAGCAUUUAGUAAAGGGAAGGCUGCUGGCUACAAACUUCUGGAGAUAAUUCGGCAGAAGCCUUCUAUCAUUCAAGAUCUAGCUGAUGGCAAAUAUUUGGAUGAGGUUCAUGGAAAUAUAGAAUUUAAAGACGUCACAUUCAGUUAUCCAUCAAGGCCUGAUGUUAUCAUCUUCAGGGAUUUUUCUCUUUUCUUCCCUGCUGGGAGGACGGUUGCUAUUGUUGGAGGUAGUGGCUCUGGUAAGAGUACAGUUGUUUCUUUGAUCGAAAGGUUCUAUGAUCCCAACCAAGGGCAAGUUUUGCUUGACAAUGUGGACAUUAGAACAUUGCAAUUGAGAUGGCUUAGGGACCAAAUUGGUUUGGUCAAUCAAGAACCUGCAUUAUUUGCAACUACUAUACUGGAAAACAUACUCUAUGGGAAAUCUGAUGCAACAAUUGUUGAAGUUGAACAAGCUGCAACUGCAGCAAACGCUCAUAGUUUUAUUGCACUGCUUCCAAACGGUUACAAUACCCAGGUUGGAGAAAGGGGAGUUCAGUUAUCUGGUGGCCAGAAACAGAGAAUUGCUAUUGCACGUGCUAUGUUAAAGAAUCCCAAGAUUCUCCUUCUUGAUGAAGCCACGAGUGCCCUAGAUUCUGGCUCUGAGAGUAUCGUCCAAGAAGCACUGGACCGCCUCAUGGUUGGAAGAACUACGGUGGUUGUCGCACACCGACUUUCAACCAUAAGAAAUGUUGAUACAAUAGCUGUCAUCCAACAAGGGCAAGUUGUUGAAACUGGAACACAUGAAGAAUUGAUUGCUAAGGGAAACACUGGAGCUUAUACCUCUUUAAUUCGGUUUCAAGAAAUGGCAAGGAACAGGGACUUUGGUGCUCCAUCCACUCGUAGAUCUCGCUCAUCACGUCUGAGCCAUUCUCUCUCUACAAAGUCUCUCAGUCUGCGCUCUGGAAGUCUGAGGAACUUGAGCUAUCAGUACAGCAGCGGAGCUGAUGGCCGUAUAGAGAUGGUUUCUAAUGCAGACAAUGAUCGCAAGUAUCCUGCUCCUGAUGGCUAUUUCUUCAAACUUCUAAAAUUAAAUGCCCCUGAAUGGCCUUAUGCCAUCUUGGGAGCUGUUGGUUCAAUACUCUCUGGGUUCAUAGGUCCAACUUUUGCAUUAGUGAUGAGCAAUAUGAUAGAGGUGUUCUAUUAUCCUGAUCCAAACACAAUGGAGAGGAAGACGAGGGAGUAUGUUUUUAUAUAUAUUGGAGCAGGACUUUAUGCAGUUGUUGCAUAUCUGAUUCAGCAUUACUUCUUUAGUAUCAUGGGGGAAAACCUCACCACUAGGGUCAGGAGAAUGAUGCUUGCUGCUAUCCUAAGAAAUGAAGUUGGAUGGUUUGAUGAGGAGGAGAACAAUUCCAGCCUUGUUGCUGCCCGUUUGGCUACUGAUGCUGCUGACGUGAAGUCUGCAAUUGCAGAGAGGAUUUCAGUGAUACUUCAAAACAUGACCUCACUCCUCACGUCCUUCAUUAUCGGAUUCAUUGUUGAAUGGAGAGUGGCACUCCUCAUUCUUGCUACCUUCCCUCUUAUUGUCCUUGCAAACUUUGCACAGCAACUUUCCUUGAAGGGUUUUGCCGGGGACACUGCGAAGGCGCAUGCUAAGACGAGCAUGAUAGCUGGGGAAGGUGUGAGCAACAUUCGUACAGUUGCAGCUUUCAACGCCCAAAGCAAGAUAUUAUCUCUCUUCCGUCAAGAGUUACGAAUUCCCCAGCGCCACAGCCUCAGUCGCAGCCAGAUUUCUGGUUCUCUCUUUGGUCUUUCCCAGCUUGCCCUCUAUGGCUCGGAGGCCCUCAUCCUCUGGUAUGGUGCACACCUUGUGCGGUCAGGAGCUUCUACUUUCUCACGCAUCAUGAAGGUUUUUGUUGUUCUGGUUGUCACUGCCAACUCUGUUGCGGAGACUGUAAGCCUUGCUCCGGAGAUAGUUCGUGGUGGGGAGUCCAUUCGCUCCGUUUUCUCCAUCCUAAACCGUAGCACGCGGAUAGAUUCUGACGACCCUGAAGCUGAGCCGGUGGAUUCCAUCCGUGGUGAAAUUGAACUCCGACAUGUCGACUUUGCCUACCCGUCCAGACCAGAGAUCCCCAUCUUCAAAGACCUUAACAUCCGUAUUCGUGCCGGACAAAGUCAGGCUCUUGUUGGUGCGAGCGGUUCUGGCAAGAGCUCUGUCAUUGCACUCAUUGAACGAUUUUAUGACCCUACAGCGGGGAAGGUCAUGAUUGAUGGCAAGGACAUCCGUCGCUUAAAUCUCAAGUCCCUUCGUCUGAAGAUUGGACUUGUGCAACAAGAGCCUGUGCUGUUUGCUGGAACCAUCUUUGACAACAUAGCAUAUGGAAAGGACAUCACAACCGAGGAAGAAGUUAUAGAUGCUGCACGGGCAGCAAAUGUUCAUGGUUUUGUUAGUGAGCUUCCGGAUGGGUACAAGACGCCUGUUGGUGAGAGGGGCGUGCAACUCUCUGGAGGGCAGAAGCAGAGGAUUGCAAUCGCAAGAGCAGUGCUGAAGGACCCAGCCGUGUUGCUGCUGGAUGAGGCAACAAGUGCUUUGGAUGCGGAAUCUGAAUGCGUGUUGCAGGAAGCUUUGGACAGGUUGAUGAGGGGGCGCACGACGGUGCUGGUAGCUCACCGGCUGUCGACAAUCCGGGGAGUCGACUGCAUUGGGGUGGUGCAGGAAGGGCGAAUCAUUGAGAUUGGGAGCCAUGCGGAGCUUGUGGCAAGGCCAGAAGGGGCGUACUCCCGGCUCCUGCAGCUGCAGAACCAUCGUAUCUGACAAGUGUUUGAGGUUUGUCUCCAUGGGUUCUGGUUUUGGAUGAAACUGACCUGAUUUUUUAGUUGAAUAUGAUUAAAUAUGCUGUUUGGGCUUCGGAAAGAUGGAAGGUGUUGCAGACAAGUUACAAUCAUCUGGUUAUUACUUAACUGGAACAGGCUUUCUUCAAAGUCACCCACGUAAUGCUUUUACAAUGUAUCAUAUAAUGUAUGAACUUUGGAUUUGGUUCCUUUAUGAUGAAGCAAAUGGUUUUUUUCUUUUUGAAGCUCUAGUAAAUUUCCUACCAUUAUGAUGUA